AAAUGAAAAUUCUGAAACCUUAACAUAUGAAAUUCAAAUCAAGUAACGGAAGAAUAGUAAUUUGAAUUGCUAAAUAAAGAUUUGCAAUACGAAAACGAAAGCAGAAUCAAUUGAACCCAAACUAAGUUAUAAAAUGGAGGCUACAAAACCACAAAUAACCGAAGUAUCCUCAGCUUCAGUCGUUUAUAUUGAAAAGCCUCAACCAAAUAAACAAUUCAUGAUCUCGAAAACUGAUGGAUGUGAACUGAAAAGUAUAGAUUUUGAAACAAUAAUCACAGAACCAAAUGCGCCCCGAAAAAUGGGCCUCUCACGCAGUCAGGAUGAUGAUGAAAAUAGUAAACAUAAAUCGCACGCUUACGAAUUUGGCAGCAUCUCACCAACGCCACAAAGUCAGGCAAGCGUUAGUUUGGUUGGUGCUAAUCGGGCUAUACAAUUUCGUAAGAGUCACACUUGCGGUAGCCUUUUUGCUAAGUGUAAAUGCAGCGGUAAUGAUUUUGCUCCGUCGUCACCAAUGUACACAACCGCCUUUUCGUUGAGCACACAACAGCCACCGAACUACACAGUUGUGGAACAGAACAACGCUGUUAUCAAUGCUUUGUGCUCGCAUGGAGAUACAACAACAACACCUCCAAGCAGCACUCGUUUCAGUACCGCGUGUACACACACCACUCAAGCAAAAUUGCAAAGUACAUUGAGGCUCUCACGCAACGAGAGCGGCAACGUUACACUCGAUUUUAGUAGCGCCAGUAGUGUCGCAAGUACUAACGUUACUGCUUCUCCACACAAAAAUAUUAGCAAAGAAACUAGUCAAAUAGUAGCUAAGCAAGCGAAAACAACAGCGAGCGGCACCGAAAAAGAAACAAAGUUAUCGGAAAUUUCUCCACUAGCACCGCUCAUCUCACUAGUCGCAAAUAGCACGUCAACUGCAAGUAACACGCAAACACCCAAAGUUACUCCUACGUCGCGUAAAAGUGAACGCAAACCGUUAUUUCAGUCGUAUUCGCAUCCUGACACAGACUUUAUAUUUACGGAGGCAAACAAGAAACCCUCGAAAGAAUCUCUACAUGGACACGGUGACGCGGUUAUUAAAACGCGCGGCGGUAAAGUUGAAAUUAAACAUCAAAAACGUUCCUCAUCCCCAAAUAUAGGACAGUACCAGAUUUUAGAUGUUGCCGUACAUCCUGAUAUUCUAGUUAAAAUUUCCCCAAAACAUUCACCCGUUCAAUCGGUCGAUGAUCGCCGAAAGAAAUCACCAUUUAGCGCACGUACCACACAACAGCGUCGUCAGCUAUUAACACGUUCCCAUGAAAUUGAAUCUGGUGGCUCUACUUCAGAAUCUGAAUACUCCUUUGAAACUAAACUCAUAACAGCAGCAGAAGAAUCUCUGAACAGAAACGUAGCAAGUAGAAAAUUGCAACGAUCUUCGGCUAGUGCUCCUAUACCUACCAACAUAACUAAACCCAAGCCAUUUAGCUUUGCUUCAGUUGACGGUGUUAUACCAAGAAUUGAAUACAAUUGUGAGAGUCUUAUAGUCCCAGAUUUAACUCAGAGCAUAGCAGCAACAGCACAAAAAGUUCCUACGCAGAAGACAUUAAGCACUGCUUUAAGUCUUCAAUCUCCUACUGCUGCCUCAAAACCAAAACCAGUCACUGCUCUAACAUUUGAUAUUGGCAAUGGCACAACUGCCAAUUAUACUACAGACUUGAACUUGAAUGCCGCACAGAAAUAUUUCGCAGAAAGUGGAAUAUUGGGACCAAUUCCUGCUAGCGAUGUCCAGACCAGAAAAACUUCAAAAGUACUGAAGGAAACUAGCGAUGUCAUAGAACAAAUCAAAUCAUCGUUGAGUACAUUAGGUUUACGUGGAAAUAAUAAUAAUCAAAAUAUAAACAAUACUACAAACAGCAGACGUAAACUCUCCUUGUUGGAUCCUCUACCAACGAGACAAACCACACCGCCACUAAAAAAUUAUCAAGAAGCACCUCUCAGUAAUGUCAGUAUGGCUACCUCAACUCCAAUGACACUUUUUGUUCCAGUUGCAACAACAAUGACGUCCUCAACAGCUCUGGAUGAUACAGUUACGGAGAGUGUGAGCAAGGAUUUACAUCUGAAUUUAAACAAAAAUGAGAGCAGCUUAGGUAAUGAUAGUAUUGCAAAUGCCAAUGCCAUGAUAGAGGUUUUGGAGGAAAAUAUUAUGGCUCUGAAAGAAGUUAUAAAACGUAAGGAUGCCGAAAUGGUGGAAUUACGAAGAGAAAUUCAUAAACUUAAGAGCGUCUUACAACAAACUACUAAUUCACAAAUCACUAAUCCGGGACUUAUGCGAACAUCGACACUACCGUUGUCCAAUAACUCAUUCUAUGGUUCAAAGCAAUUAGAUCUCGAGGCGGCAAAUAGUAAAGGGUUUAUUGAUGGAGCCAUUGUUGACAAUUAUCACGCAACUUGCACCGGAGCAACUACUGUGACCUGUGCACUGUCAUCUGAAACGAAUCAAUCCGAAAACUUAAAGGGCCCUAUCGGUGCAGUUAAGGAAGAUAACGAAAAUAUAACUGCUGCCGGUGAGGAUACAAAGUUAAAACGUUUACACUAUUCUCAGACACCAGUGCUCAAGAAACAGGGUGUGUCCGGUGAAAGUUGUGAAAUCUCAAUGCAACAAUCUAUCAAUAUUCCAAUUACAAAAUAUGAAAAGGACUUCAGGUCUAAGCAACUUAUUAAGGAAGCAAUCAUGGACAAUGAUUUUCUGAAAAACAUUGAUGCUUCACAGGUGCGAGAACUCGUUGACUCAAUGCAACCGCGAGAAGCGAAAAAAGGCGAAUAUAUUAUUCGUGAGGGAGCGGUCGGGGCACAUUUAUAUGUGUCUGCUGAAGGCGAAUUUGAAGUUAUUAAAAAUGGCAAGGUACUUGGUGUUAUGGGACCUGGUAAAGCAUUUGGUGAAUUGGCUAUAUUAUACAAUUGUACACGCACCGCAUCUAUACGUGUUCUUACUGAUGCGAGAGUCUGGGUUUUGGAUCGGCGGGUCUUUCAGCAUAUAAUGAUGCGUACUGGUAUACAACGCAUUGAGAAUAGCGUCAAUUUUCUGAAAUCAGUACCAUUACUAAAGAAUCUAAGUGAGGAAGUAUUAGCAAAAAUUGCAGAUGUACUUGAAGUGGAAUUUUAUCCCGCUGGCACAUAUAUAAUACGACAAGGUGCCCGAGGUGACACUUUCUUCUUGAUUUCACAAGGCUCAGUAAAGGUUACUCAAAAAAUUUCACCAACAACAGAUGAGAAAGAAAUUCGAACACUUGAGAGGGGAGAUUAUUUUGGGGAACAAGCCCUCAUUAACGAGGACAAGCGUACAGCAAAUAUAAUUGCCAUGCCUCCUGGCGUAGAGUGUUUGACAUUAGAUCGUGACUCGUUCACUCACUUAAUUGGUGAUCUAAGCGAACUUAAAGAAAAAAAUUAUGGCGAUGAAAAUCGAGCAUUGUCCUUAAAAUAUGCGGAAGCAACCAAAGUAGUAUUUGGUGCAAAUGUAAAACAAGCCUUUCCUGAUUUGAAGCUUUCUGACUUAGAAGUUGUUGCUACUCUCGGCAUAGGUGGUUUUGGACGCGUUGAACUAGUGCGGACAUAUCAUAAAAACCGAAUGGAUACAUUUGCGCUUAAAUGUUUAAAAAAAAGACAUAUUGUUGAUACCAAACAAGAGGAGCACGUUUUCAGUGAGAGAACAAUUAUGCUUACUUGUGAAUCACCUUUCAUAUGUCGUCUCUAUCGUACAUUCCGUGAUGAAAGAUAUGUUUAUAUGUUAUUAGAGGCUUGUAUGGGUGGCGAAAUUUGGACAAUGCUGCGAGAUAGAGGUCCAUUCGAAGAUAAUGCAGCGCAAUUUAUUAUUGGUUGCGUCUUACAAGCCUUCGAAUAUUUGCACUCACGUGGCAUUAUUUAUCGAGACUUAAAGCCAGAAAAUUUAAUGCUUGAUGAAAGUGGAUACAUUAAGUUGGUGGACUUUGGAUUUGCUAAGUACAUUGGAAACAGCAGCAAGACCUGGACAUUUUGUGGCACUCCAGAAUAUGUAGCACCAGAAAUUAUCUUAAAUAAAGGUCAUGAUCGCGCUGUAGAUUAUUGGGCACUAGGUAUCUUAAUACACGAACUUCUUAAUGGAACUCCACCGUUUACCGCCAAUGAUCCAAUGAAGACAUAUAAUAUUAUCCUUAAAGGCAUAGAUAUGAUAUCGUUUUCGAAGCAUAUGUCCCGUUCAGCUGUUAUGCUCAUUAAAAGACUAUGCCGAGAUGUUCCUGCUGAACGUUUGGGGUAUCAAAAAGGCGGCAUACAGGACAUUAAAAAGCACAAAUGGUUCCUUGGUUUUGACUGGGACAGUUUAGGUAAUCAGCGUUUAAUACCACCAUUUCGAAGAAUUAUUGCGCAUCCAACAGAUACAAGCUACUUCGAUAAAUUUGCCAUUGAUCCAAAUGAACCGCCGGAAGAGAAUUCAGGAUGGGAUGCUGAUUUUUAAAAUUUUAAUUUAUUAUAUUUAAAAUAUUUAGAUAUAGAAUUUGUUUUAUUGGUUAAUUUUAUCAAUUAAAUACAAAUAUUUGAUUGUUUAAAAAAAUGUGCUCAAAUUUGUAUUCACAGCUGGAUUUAAACUAAAAGAUAGAAGUAUGUUUUUUUGAUGUAUAUAAGUACGUCACAACUUAACCUAUUAAAGCUUUGUAAAACAAAGUACUUUUUUAAUGAUUACACUUA